AUGGACCUAAGCGCUGACUUGGUGUUCCGGAAACUGCAGCACUUAAGACUUGACACUUCUGGCCCGGAUAUGGUUCAUCCUGCCAUACUGAGGGAGGCAGCCUCAAUCCUGGCAACGCCGCUUAGCGUGAUGUUUUCACACUCGCUUAGCCGAGGCAAAUUACCGGAAAAUUGGAAGUUGGCUCACAUCACACCGAUUUUCAAAGGUGGUCGACGCAAUCAACCUUCAAGUUAUCGGCCGGUGGCUCUUCUGUCAUUACCUUCAAAACUCAUGGAGUCCCUGAUAUGCGACGGUUUAAACGACUAUCUACUGUCCUUAAAUUUCUUCUCACCCCAACAGCAUGGUUUCAGGAAGGGUUACUCUUGUAUAACCAACCUGCUGACUGCGGUGGACAGAUGGACAAGUAUCCUCGAUUGCAAGGGAAAGGUUGAUAUCAUCUACCAAGAUUUCUCAAAAGCUUUUGAUAAGGUUAACCACUUGUGUCUUAUCAAUAAGCUCAAACGACUAGGUAUCAAACCACCUCUAAUCGAUUGGCUUACUUCAUACCUAAAAAAUCGACACUUUAAGGUUAGGGUUAAUUUCACUUUAUCUCAGGCUAUGGAAUGUCCUAGUGGGGUCCCCAAGGGCUCAGUACCAGAGCCUCUUCUCUUCUUGAUCUACAUAAAUGAUCUUCCUCAACAGGUAACGUCAGACAUAUUACUUUUGCCGACGACGUGA